CGUCACAUAAGAUCAUCACGGAAGUGAACGAGGCGACGGAACACAAGACACCAUUAAGUUGUCGUGUACGUGACUGCUACAGACAGAUCAGAGAUGCUGGGAGGAGGCUUCAAAGCAGAGAGGUUAAGAGUCAACCUCCGGCUUGUCAUCAACCGACUCAAACUCCUCGAGAAAAAGAAAACCGAGCUUGCUCAAAAGGCUCGGAAGGAGAUCUCAGAUUACCUGUCCUCGGGAAAAGAUGAGCGGGCGCGCAUCCGUGUGGAGCAUAUCAUCAGAGAGGACUACAUGGUUGAAGCCAUGGAGAUCUUGGAGCUUUACUGUGAUUUGCUCCUGACACGCUUCGGCCUAAUUCAGUCGAUGAAGGAGUUGGAUCCAGGAUUACAAGAGGCGGUCUCCACUCUUAUCUGGGCAGCUCCUCGUCUCCAGUCAGAGGUGACGGAAUUAAAACUUGUGUCAGACCAGCUGUGUGCAAAAUAUAGCAAGGAGUAUGGCAAACUAUGCAGGACAAACCAGAUUGGAACGGUCAAUGAAAGGCUUAUGCACAAACUGAGUGUGGAGGCUCCCCCCAAGAUCUUGGUGGAGCGCUACUUGAUUGAGAUAGCCAAGAACUAUAACGUGCCGUAUGAACCUGAUGCAAUGGUCCGGCCUGAGGUGAGUCACGGAGAAGCAGACCUGAUUGACGUAAACAAUGACAAGAAGUCAGGAGGAGGUGGAGGAGGCGGAGGUUUCACUGCUCCUGUCAUGCCCAUGCCGAUGCCGAUGCCGAUGCAUAUGCCUACACCAUUCAACUAUCCAGCUCCCAAAGUAGAACCGUUCAAUCCAGCUAUUGGAUCUUACAACAGCUUCCCGCACAGCGUAGGCGGAGGGCAGCCCCCUCAGCUGCCCACUUCUCCCCCCACAUACGAGUCUAUUGAUGACAUAAAAAAUUCUCUUCCUUCCCAGGCCACAGGCCCCUCGUCACAAAUAUAUGACAACAACUCUCUCCCAGAACUUCCUUCGGUUCCAGACACACUCCCGGCAACCCCCUUCGGCAGGAAUACCACCACUUCAGAAGACAUCGACUUUGACGACUUAACACGUCGCUUUGAGGAGCUGAAGAAGAAGACUUAAGUCUUUGAACAAAGACAGGCUGGCAUCGUAGCCUGGGUACAGAUGACUACAGAAAAUAGAACAUCCUCUAGGCUCUGAAUUUAUAUACAUAUAUAAAAGAAAACAUUUAUUCUUACCUCAUAUAGUUUGAAUAUGGGUAUCAGUGAGGUUGGGAUUGCUCACUCACACUUGAAAUCUUGGUGGUUUUUUUCCCCCUCCCCCUCAAACAGGAAGAGUGUCGGCUAGGGUUUUAUAAAUAUGAUAUUCUGAAGCUAUAUAUAUAGAAAUUUUGACUUAAUCUUGCUUUUGUUCACUAUUUUAACAUUUCCAUUUUAUUGGUAUGAUAUGUUAAAAUUGAAUAUUGUUUUCCUGGAGUUUGCCAACUGUUCAUGGCAUUGUUGGCACAUACUGUAAUGUUGUAAUCUUUGCCACCGACUCGCUUAGUCUCAUCUCAGACCAGUCAAACAAGUCAGACUGCCCAGCCCGGCCUGUGUAAAAGGAUUGUUAGUGUGAUGAGGUUUCUUUUACUGUAAUUGUUUUCAAAAAGGUUGCAGGACACUUGGAAGCGUUCUCUAGUCCCUGCUUUGUUGUGUUACCCACAUUGUGAGUGUGGCAGUUCACAUCAUACAUUCAUCAUUUGAAUGCAUGUUUUAUACAGUAAUGGAGUGUGGUAGAUGGCGGCAGUUGGGUUUUUGACAAUUCUCUUCAUAUAUCUCCAAAUAAAGUACUCAAGGUUUACCAAAUAUCUCCUGUGUAGCAAAGGACAGGGCCACGCAACUUGAUUUUACAUGUAAAUCCUGCCCCUGUGUGUUGCGUGUUUUACGCUGUGUGCGCACUGCUGCAUUUGCCUUAUUGUCCAUGUCUUACACUGUAUGUGCACUGCCGCAUUUGCCUUAUUGUCCAUCUCUCACCAGAGGCCUUGCCAGUCUGUACAAGGAUCACACAUCAUGCACUUGCUAUCCAUUUAGACUGGAUAUGUCAUCUGCAUUUCUUUUUGUAGAGGUCACGUUACCCAUGAAGUAUUUGGUUAAAGUUGACAUGGCGAUAGCAUCAUGAGUGUUAUGCACAUACAAUGUGUCCUCCAACCUAACCACACCCACAUUCACUAGCAUGGCUAAUGGGCAACAUUCUUAAAUCAAUGAGUCAUUAGUUUCUGGAAAAGAUAUGUAAAAGCCAAGAAGGCCGUUGAGCUUAAUGACCCUACAUAACCCAUGAUUUCUAUGUUGGAUGGUUGUGUGUUUUCCCAUCGGUAUAAUAAAAUUACAAUUUAAUGAAAA